GGAACUAUGCCAGGUUGUUUUGUCCAUACAUGCCGUAACCACACAGCAAAGAAAAGCUUUAAGAAAGAUGUCAUGUUUCACUCGUUUCCAUCCACUCCAUCCAGAAUUAAACAGUGGUUGCAACAUAUAGGGCAGCAACAAUAUAUCCAACAGGAAUUUGGAGACCUUGACUUGUUUGUAAAGAAAAUUCUAGACAGGAAAGGCUGGUUACGUGUAUGUUCUACCCAUUUUGAACCAGAAAGUUAUUCUUUAUGUCAGGGUAAAAGAAAAUUGCUAAAACCUAAUGCCGUUCCCACAGUUUUCAAGAAACUCAAUGCUGCAGGCAUUGCGUACAACCCCAGUGUGACCUCACAUCCCAGGUCAGCUAGCUUUAGCUUUGGGGACUAUGUAGCAAAUCAAACAUCUAGGAGACAUAUGGUAAUGGUCGAUUCCAGCACAUCAGCUGACAUCACAGUAUGUAAGGAAGACAAAGCUACUCAGUGUCCUGAGUUUGAGCUCAAUGUUUAUGGGGAACCAUGGAAAAUAAAAAAUGAUCACUUCUACAAUGGUGAGGCUAAAGCUGACGAACCGUCCAUUCCGAUACCACCCUCUGAAGAUAACUGCCACAUCGCUGUAUCAUAUUGGGUAGCUAAUGCGAAGAGAGAGUGGGUACCAGUUCCUCAGGAAUCAAGGCAAAACAAUUCAUUCCAUUAUGAGAUCUCACAAAGUAUAGGAACAAGAAUUUGCCCGCACCAGGACACAGUAACCAUACCCUUAGUCUCCAGUUGUAAAGACGCAUUUCCUGAUAGUUUACUGGAGCAGACAGGAGCAAGCUCCUUUACAGAAUCUGUCUCUACUUUGCAACCUUCUAAACUAUCCAGCAUUAGUUACAUCUCAGAGUGUGGAUCAAAUGUGGAUAUAAACACCUCCAUGCCUAAAGAUGUUUCAGAGAAUGACAUGACCCAUGAACGUAAAUUUUUUGUGUUUGAGUCCUGUCUGGAUCUCUUGCUUGAAAAUGUCACAUGUAAGUAUGGCAGGGGCUGUAAUUCUCCUCUUGUUGACAUUGAGAAACAUGUUGAUGGUACAUAGCUCUCGGUGACCGGUAUCUGUCAAAAUGGUCACCGAUUUCACCUAUGGCACAAUCAGCCUUCCAAGGGCAAAGUUGCUGUGGGAGAUAUCUUGAGUUAGGCUGCUGUUUUUUUUAGUGGUUUGAACUUUUGCAAAGUCAAGGAAAUGUGCAAAUUGUUAGGUUUACAGUUUAUUUCGGAAAAUACUUAUUACAGAUGUCAACACAAAUAAAUCUUUCCAACGUUUGAUAGCCACUGGCAACAAGAACGCCUAAGAGUCAGUGAGGCAUUCUUAGGGCUUCCAAUUAGCCUUACUGGGGAUGUACAGUGCCACAGUAAAGGGUUUGGUAGUAAGUAUUGUAUUUAUACUUUUCAUGAAUCUGCUACAAAGAGAAUUGUGGACUUCAAAAUUGUUCAAGGGAAGCCAAUCGGUUCUUCAGCAUUGCUGGUGAAAAAAGCUUUUAGAUUGUGCUUAAACAGUAUAUUACAAGAUCAGUUUCAAGUGUCAACAAUUAACACAGAUGGACGAUCAAGUCUAAAAAAAAAUCAUGCAGAAAAAGUACGCAAACAUCACACACAAGAACACCAUCUGGAACUGUGUAAAAAUCCUGCAUAAACGCCUCCUUGCUGCCAGUAAGCAGAAACACUGCUCUGGCAUAGCGGAUUGGAUUCCUACGAUUACAAAUCAUUUGUGGUGGUCUUACAAAACUAGCGAAGGAAAAGCAGAAAUGCUACGUGAGAAAUGGCAGUCUGUGCUCAUGCAUGUAACCGAUCAGCACGAGUGGAGUAACGCAAAAAUAUAUCAUGCCUGCACACACCGGAAAUAUACAGAGCACGAACGAAGACUGCGGCCCUGGAUUCUAACAGGCACGCCAGCCUACUUUGCGAGAAGUGGUCUUGUGUCCCCAGCUCUCUAGAAACUUGGAGAACCUCUCUCUGCUUAUGUAUUCAGGAGAAAUAGACUUGUUUAACAGAUAUUGUUGGAAAUACAUGCCCGAGACAAUGUAUUUCAAAAGGGCUGGACUGGAAGCGCGUACCAAACUUGCAGCUAUUCUAUACAACGUAAAUGUACAUGGACGGUAUACAGUGUCCCACUGUUUUAGACGGGGAAGAAAUACUGUUGGUAAAAUGAAGCUGAAGAAAAAAAGGAGAGUCGACAACGCUCAUAUCCUCUCAAUGAUAACUGAUGUUCUAAAAUCACCAACAACAAUGGCUCAGGCCACCUUAAAUUCAGUUGGACAAUCUAAACGUAACACCUGCUAGUAACAUGCAGUCGGGUACAUUUCAGUUUUCAGACCGUUAGCUGGGUCAAUAUGAAUAAUGCCAGUUGUAUGCUAUGCCUUCUUUACUUACAUUGAAAUCAGGGUUGUACGACGUAUCAUUUUUGUUUCUUUUUUUGUUAGCUGGGUUUUAUGUACAUUUUUCAUUUAAUUUUCCCCAGCUCUAAUUCUGUAACUUUGACCGAUUUAUUUACAGAUCAUUUUCCUAAUUUUUUUUCUUUAUAGUUCAAUACUUCUUUGUAUCUCUCUUCCUGUUACUAUCACCCUAGUCUGAUAAGUUUUCACCUUUUUUUCUUGUUUCACUGAUCCCAGGGCUAUACUAAUUGCUCAACUAUUGCUAAACCCUCAACUAUUGUAGAACGCCAACAUUUGUUGUUCUGUAUGAUUUGGGGUCUACUUUAACACAUCCCUGUUUUACAAAAUUCUAAACAUGCUUCAUGUUUAAAUACUGUCUGUAAUGAAAAGGGAAAUCAGUAAAGUGUGAAAUGUCUGAAAUUCAAAAUGGAUUGUAAAGGUACCCUUUAAGCAAAAUAACCACUACAGUCCAAUGUAGUAGUUAUGUUGCCUAGAAUCUCUGUGGUCAUCCCCCAGUUCUUUGUCAAAUCUAGUGCAGUUGAUGAAAAGCAGGUUUUCCGUGGCACUUAGCUGCUGCCCCUUCCUCAGCCGAAUAAGUCCUGUCUGGCUUGUUGGAGUUACACUGUCUAGAAGUGUGACUUCCACAUUAUUAAUGUUAAUGCCGUCCAACUUGCAUGGCAUUAAUAAACUGAGAACGACUGGAGGUGGGUUAGUGGUUUGACAAAGACCUAUCAAGGCGAAAAGAAGCUGUGUUUUAGACAGUCAUAAAUACAUUGCUUUUUCACCCAAGUCAAACAGCUAGACAAUUUAAACUCAUUGUCUACCGGACACGUGCCAAUUAGCCCAUUCUAUGAAAAGGGUCACAUUUCUAUUAAAUAAUA